AUGACAGCAUUCGACGUAAAUAACCUCCCCGCUUCGGAGGAUGAAAUAGAUUAUUCAGACAUUGAAGCCAAGUACCAAGUGCCAUUUGAAGAAGGGUUCGAUAAUAUCAUAGUAGUUGAUAAAGUUCCAAUAGUUGAGGAAAGUAAAAAAGACAAACUCUUUAGAACAAUGCGAAAAAUAUUCCGCACAGCUGGAGUUGGAGAGAUCAAAGAAGGAGGAAUAAGUAUGCCAAUGGAUCUAAAUGCCGAGACAGGGAAACUAGCGUCUAAGGGUUUUCUGUUUAUUGAGAUGGAAACUGCGGAGCAAGCAAACCUUGCGGUAAAACAAUUAAAUAAUCAUCCAAUGGAUCGAUCCCAUAUCCUGGCUAUCAAUCGUUUUACAGAUAUCGAAAAGUAUUCGCAAUUGAAAGAGGAAUAUGUAGACCCAGAGGAAGAGAAGUUUACCGAGCGGGAACAUUUGCGAAGCUGGCUUACCGAUUCGCAAGCAAGAGAUCAAUUUGUCUUACACCGUGGAGACGAAGUGAGCAUUUAUUGGAAUCGCAAAACUGAGCCACCGGAAGAAAUCCAUAAACGACAAUAUUGGACAGAAACAUACGUUCAGUGGUCUCCAUUAGGCACGUAUCUAGCUACAUUCCAUCGGCAAGGUAUAGCACUCUGGGGCGGACCAAGUUGGAAUAAAAUAAUCCGGUUUGUCCAUCCGGGCGUCAAACUAAUUGACUUUUCACCCAACGAACGAUAUCUCGUCACUUGGAGUUACGAACCAAUCACCCUCAAUAAUGGCAUACCAGGCUCGCCUUUUGGAAUGGAGGACGAAGGAAAUCAGUUGAUUAUCUGGGACGUCCAUUUUGGUGCUCUACUUCGUUCCUUCCCUUCUUCAACGUCCCCCGACGACACUUCAAAUAAGAUUACGUGGCCUAUGUUUAAAUGGUCGCACAACGAUAAGUAUUUCGGACGCGUGACUGUCGGUCAACAGAUAUCCAUAUAUGAGACUCCUGGGAUGGGUCUGGUUGGCAAGAAGAGCAUUAAGGUUGAAGGAGUGGCUGAUUUCGAAUGGGCUCCUGUUUCAGAAAGAGAUAAGGAAAAGGAUAAGAGUAAAGACAAACACGGGGAUAAGAAGACUAGAGAAGAGAUAAUCAGUUUUUGGACACCUGAAAUAGGCAAUCAGCCAGCUCGUGUUACUCUAAUGAGUAUUCCAUCAAAGGAGAUUAUAAGGACUAAGAAUUUGUUCAGUGUUGCCAAUUGUAAGCUGCAUUGGCAGUCAAAUGGGGAUUUCUUAUGUGUAAAAGUAGACCGUCACACAAAGACUAAGAAGUCGACAUUUGCUAAUCUCGAAAUUUUCCGAGUCCGUGAAAAGGAUAUUCCAGUAGAAGUAAUAGAAGUCAAAGACACUGUCAUGGCAUUUGCAUGGGAACCGAAGGGAGAGAGGUUUGUUAUAAUAACCACAAAUGAUCCGGCAUACGGUCAACCGAGUACUACACCAAAGACAUCCGUAGUUUUCUAUUAUCUCGACAAGGCGAAACCCGUGAAUGGCACGCAGACAGUAGCAAAUUUUAAACUAAUCAAAACGCUCGAUAAGAAAACCUCGAAUUCUAUUUUCUGGUCUCCUCGUGGUAGACACGUGAUAUUAACUACGUUAAGAUCACAGUCAACCUUUGACUUGGAAUUUUGGGAUUUAGAUUUUGAGGGAACGGCAGAACAGAAAGAGGCUGCUAGACAGGAUCCUGGUGCAUCCUUGCAGUUGAUGAGUGUGCAAGAACAUUAUAAUGUUACCGAUAUCGAAUGGGAUCCAACUGGCAGAUAUGUUAUUACCAGUUCUAGUAUGUGGAGGCAUUCGGCCGAGAAUGGCUAUACAAUCUGGGACUUCAAAGGAACCCAAUUGCGGCGGUAUCUUCUUGAUAAAUUCAAACAAAUCCUUUGGCGACCCCGCCCUCGAUCCCUUCUUACUAACGAGCAAAAGAAGAAAGUUCGUAGGAGCCUUCGUGAAUACUCCAAAGUAUUUGAAGAGGAAGAUGCUCUCGCCCAGACAUCUGUUUCCAAAGAGCAAAUAGCUCACCGACGUCGCCUUAUGGAUGAAUGGAAUGCAUGGCGCAAACGCGUUGAAAAUGAAUUGGCUGAAGAGAGAGAACUUGCCGGGUUGCCUCCAAUUGAUACGAGAGAGGAUGAGGGCGUGGAAGUAAUUGAAGAGUGGGUUGAGGAGGUUGUCGAGGAAACCGAGGAGAUUGUAGAUGAGUAA